AGGAGCAGCAGCAGGAGGAGCAGCAGCAGGAGGAGGGUGUAAUGGAGUCGAUGCGGAGGCAGCUGCUGCAGGAGGUGUGUCCGGGCCCAGCAGGGAGGCCGCGCUCCAAGGUGACCGUGGUGGGGGUGGGCCAGGUGGGCAUGGCGAGCGCCGUCAGCAUCCUGCUGCAGAACAACGCGGACGAGGUAGCCCUUGUGGACGUGAUGGAAGACAAGCUGCGUGGGGAAGCCAUGGACCUGCAGCACGGCUCACUGUUCCUCAAGACAGCCAAGAUUGUGGCCGACACCGACUACGCGGUGACAGCCGGCUCCAAGCUCUGCGUGGUGACGGCCGGCGUGCGACAGAAGGAGGGGGAGAGUCGCCUUGCCCUCGUGGAGAGAAACGUUGCUGUCUUCCGGAAGAUUAUCCCCAACUUGGCCAAGUACAGCCCUGACGCUGUGCUGCUCAUCGUGUCAAACCCAGUGGACAUUCUGACAUUCGUGGCUUGGAAGCUGAGCGGAUUCCCCGUGCAUCGCGUAAUCGGCAGCGGCACCAACCUGGACUCAGCGCGUCUGCGAUUCCUCAUGGGCGAGAGGCUGGGAAUCAGCCCUUCCAGCAUUCACGGAUAUAUCAUCGGGGAGCACGGGGACUCCAGCGUGGCAGUGUGGAGUGCAGCCAAUGUGGCCGGAGUGAAGCUGCAGCAGGCGUUGGAGUCAGAGCAGCGCGGAGCGGAGGGGGGGAUCUGGACAAGCAUUCACAAAGAGGUCAUCGAGAGUGCCUAUGAAGUUAUCCGUCUCAAGGGGUACACGUCCUGGGCUAUCGGCCUGAGCGUGGCAAGCCUGACACACUGCAUUCUCAAAAAUCUCCGCACCGUCAACCCUGUCUCCACUCUGGUGCAGGGCAAGCAUGGCAUCACGGAAGAGGUGUUCCUCUCCCUGCCAUGUGUGCUGGGCUCCACGGGCGUCUGCGGGAUCCUGAACCAGCCGCUCACACCACCCGAGACGGCCCAGCUGUGCGCCAGCGCCCGGGCUCUGUGGGAGGUGCAGAGUAAGCUGGAGAUGUGAGCCUCAACGCCACGCGCCUCGUAGACUUUGGGGGGAGACAGCGGAGUGGGGCGAGAGAGCAGAGUCCGAUGAGAGAGCGGAGUGGGGCGAGACAGCGGAGUGGAGCGAGAGAGCAGUCUUUUCCCAUACCUGAGAGGACCUUCAACGAGCUCUGAUUGAGGCAACCCUUGCAAGUGAUGAGUUACCCCAAGCAAGCUUCGAUUGAAUCAUCGUCUUCAUGAGGGAAAAUAGGAAUAGGCUGCUGUAACCCUUUCUGGCAAUAAUACAGGUGGUAAGAUACUCAUACACCAAAAUAGACACACCUACUGCAAGGCAUCAUCAAGUCUGCAUUAACCAUACAUCAUCACGCUUGUGAUAAAGCAUGCAAACAAAAGUACUUCCCUAAUAAUGUUUGCGUUGUCCUUGAAACAAAUUGGCCUACACCAGAGAAGCAUCUGUUAAGGCCUUGUCUCACCACCAGUGUUAGACCAGAGAACAAUAGGGUACCUUAGAUAUCUUAAAUGCCCAUUGCAGGACAUCUAUGGGUGUGACCUAGUUGCCAGUAACAUAAUGAUGAAUAAAUACAAAUAUUAUUUUCCCUUUAUGAUAAUAAAACAACUGUUAAGAUAUUCCAAACGGGUCCCAUAGAUAUGAUUGCUCAACCAGAGCUUAUUAAUGCUUUGAUGUUUGCAUUGCUUUUGUGCUAUUCGCGUUUAAGCGUUGUUCUCUGGUCUAACACUGCUUAAACAUCACAUAGAUACCGAUUUGAAAAUCUUAACGCCUUGUUUUAUUGCCAGAAAUGGUCAAGCCUAAUCUUAUUUUUUUCAUCCAUUUGUAAUGAGAGAGCGCCAUCUCCUGCAUUAUGGUGGGGAUUACAUUACAUUUAUACACCACGUAUUUUCGAUAGUAGGAAGUCUAUCGGGGGGAAAGGUGAAUGGGCGGAACUAGCAGGGAAUCCUCGGGAACGUUCUUGAAGGUUCCAAGAGGGGCGUGGCCAGAGGCGGGGCUUAGUCUCCGAGUAGGGGAUAUACGCAGGGGGUACAGCAACGUGCGUGGUCGGUGUUUGAAGAUCGAAGAGGAGUUCCCCGCCGCUGCUGCCCCGCCAUUUACACCUGCCACGUGGCAGUUCGACUUCCAGCCGCUCAGCCGCUCCAUAGCACGCCGCCAGCCAGCAGCGCGUUAGCAGGCGGGGUGAGCGCCAUGUGGCUCGGGGCAACGCAGCCACGAGAGCGGGUCGACAUCUGCGGAGAGAGAGAGAGGUGGCUGUACCGAAGAUUUAAUAAAUACCUUGAAGUUACGUACUAUGUCGGAGCCGCUAAUUACACAUUUGUAGGGCCACGUUGAAAAAUAAUCCUAAUAUCUCGCCACGGUGCAAGAGCGCGUGGGUUCAAUCCUGACUCUGACGCCUGCUGUAUAUUUGGAGUUUGCGUGUCUCUCUUUGCAU